GCUGCUUGGUCAGUGUGGACUCGCGCUUACAACGAGUCUACAAGGGAGAUUAUGACCGGGAUAAACCCGGACCAGGACCAGAAUACAACCGUUCUAACUAGUUCCGGCGCAGCAACAUUGGAGCGGCUUGGUCGUCCUCAGUUGUGGGUCUGUGGCGUUAAUCCGUCCCGCCACGGACCGACAUGCGGUCAGACCUGAACCGGACAGGAUCGUGCGACACGAGGCUCUGAACGGCUGGUCCGCCGCGUGCCAGAGCGCGCGCGUCCGAUGGGAUGUAUGAAUGAUGAAGAUCGAAAAACUCCUAAGUCAGGUGGUUUCUGUGAGCCUGUUGCUGGUUGGAGGAGUUUCUGCAGCUGAGUUAACUUGUGAGACUUUGACCCUGUUGUCCACCAACCUGUCAGCGAGAACAUUGGUGUUCCUGAACCAGACCUUUAUUACCAGGAACUCUUCAGGUCUGUACUGUGACCUGUCUGUGGAUGGUAUCGGGACCUGUUGGCCUCGCAGUACAGCAGGAGAGCUGAUUUCUAGACCAUGUCCAGAGCAGUUCAACGGUAUCCACUACAAUACCACCAACCGGGUCUACAGGGAGUGUCAGUCCAACGGUUCCUGGGCUCUUCGAGGAAACUACAGUCAGUGCACUGAGAUCAUUGUCCUGAACCAGCAGAGGAAGAGUAAAGUCCACUACCAAGUGGCUGUGAUCAUUAACUAUCUGGGCCACUGCAUAUCUCUGGGAGCUCUGCUUCUCGCUUUCAUCCUCUUCAUGAGACUCAGGAGUAUUCGCUGUCUAAGGAACAUCAUCCACUGGAAUCUGAUCUCAGCCUUCAUCCUGAGGAACGCCACCUGGUUCAUCGUACAGUUAACCAUGAACCCCUCAGUUACCGAGGGCAACCAGGUGUGGUGCAGGGUGGUGACGUCGGCGUAUAACUACUUCCAUGUGACCAACUUCUUCUGGAUGUUUGGUGAAGGAUGUUACCUCCACACAGCCGUGGUCCUUACCUACUCCACCGACAGACUCAGGAAGUGGAUGUUCAUUUGCAUCGGCUGGGGUAUUCCAUUUCCUAUCAUCAUGGCAUGGGCUUUGGGAAAGUUUUACUAUGACAAUGAGAAGUGCUGGUUCGGGAAGAGAGCAGGUGUUUAUACUGACUAUAUCUACCAAGGUCCAAUGAUUCUGGUACUGCUGAUUAAUUUCGUCUUCCUGUUCAACAUCGUUCGGAUCUUGAUGACCAAACUGAGGGCCUCAACGACCUCCGAGACCAUCCAGUACAGGAAGGCGGUGAAGGCGACUCUGGUGCUGCUGCCAUUGUUGGGAAUCACCUACAUGCUGUUCUUUGUGAAUCCUGGUGGAGAGGAUGAGGUCGCUCAGAUAGUCUUCAUCUACUUCAACUCCAUGCUGGAGUCCUUCCAGGGCUUCUUCGUCUCUGUCUUCUACUGUUUCCUCAACAGUGAGGUGCGCUCAGCAGUAAGGAAGCGCUGGAUUCGUUGGCAGGACCGUCACUCAAUCCGCAGCCGGGUGGUGCGAGCUACAUCCCUGCCCACAUCGCCUAGCAGAGUGUCCUUCCACAGCAUCAAACAGUCUUCCAACCUCUGACAGACUACACCAUCCAAUCCCAAGCUGUGAUGUGACUCCACUCAGCUUAUCAGAGCACGUUAUCUGCUCAGGACCAGAAUACCACGGUGAAGAUUAGAGUAGCCAGUCACAGAACAUGACAGAGGCUUACGGAGAACAUCAGACGAGGGUCUGUCCGUCAGGUUUCUAUUUGGCUCCAUCCCUCUUCAUUUUCUGACCAAUCGCUCAACUCAGACAAACAGCAGCUUAUGGAGUGUCACAAGUCAUAUCAAGCAGCUGGACUUUUUGUUGUUUUUGAUUAACAUUUAUUUAUUCAUAAGUUAUGGCUAUAUUUAUUGGAAUAUUGAUUAAUAAAUUUUAACUGAAACAU